CACGUUUCUGUGGUAUGUGUGCGUGUGUGUGUGCGUGUGUGCGUGCGUGCGUGUGUGUGUGAUAUGAGCAAUAAUUACACUACCCUCACGAAAAAUAUAAUUUGAACAAAUUGAUGAGUAGCAUGGAUCCUUGGCAUUCGUCCAGAUUAAAUCCAGAUUCGAAUUAUGAAAGAAGCAUCAACCUCGACGCAAGUGGAAUGAACCAAAGCGAUGACGGGGAAUGUAAAUCGUUUAAUAAAAAAAAACCAUCUCGAGUGUCGAUGGUGUCGGACAUGAUAAUAACGCACCACGAAAACGCCAUGAAGGACAGACUGUCCGGAAAAUCACAUACCGUUUCAAUGCAAAUGGCACCACACAUGAAUACGGAGCAAUGCAAUAAUCUCGAAGGGGAAAUGCAACAGCUCACCGAGAGAACUGGAUCACACCGAAAUCAGGCGAAGAAUAUUACCAAAGAGGACCCAAUGUCACAUCGUAUAAUAGAAAAACGGCGACGCGAUCGAAUGAAUAAUUGUCUAGCUGAUUUGUCACGGCUCAUACCAGCCGAAUACAUGAAAAAAGGUAGAGGCCGAGUUGAAAAAACCGAAAUAAUUGAAAUGGCAAUCAAACACAUGAAAUAUCUCCAAUCUAACGUCUGCUCGACGGGUAAGGCACCAUGUAGUACAGAGGAAUCUACGGAACCAGUGGAAAUUGAAAAGUCAGAAAAUUCCACCUCGGAAGAACCCGAUAACUCCCCUUUGAUGGCAGACCAGUACAAGAUGGGGUUUUUGGAAUGUCUAACAGAGACUAUGCAGUAUCUUGUCGAGGGACACGGGUAUCCGCCCAACCACGGAUUGUGCUUGUCGCUCAUCAACCACUUGCAACAACAUUGUGCUCAAAUCGUCAAAGGAAAACAAGUGAUCCAUGACGUGAUGAAACAAGAGGUUAUACUAGAAGUGAACAAAUUCAACGCAAACGUGCUAACAUACCUGGACGGGGACGGGGCCUACGAUGAGAGCGGUCAACAAAAAAAUUCUUCAAAGAACUCAAAGUCUCAUACGUCAGUUAAUACGUCAUACGAUCAGACACUAACGGACAGGUGCAGUAUGUCGUUCACAACAGACUCGUAUUCAUCCAGCGGGUCUAUGUACAAGUUCAAGACGGAUAUCAAACAGCGUUUCAGCGCCGAGAACAGUGGCGAGGACCUGGCCGAUUACUAUGUGCCCGCAAAGAAACGAUGCCGGAAAGAAUCGUCCGACUGUACUGAAGAUAGACAAGAGGUGCCGAUAUUCGCGCUGCACGCCAACGGGUCAUAUUAUAUACCACUAACAGUCAGUAGGGACAUCAUACCACCCGUCUUGGACCAAGCGCUGACCGAAAACCGUUCGUCGGUCAUCGUUCACCCGAUAUCGAUUUCGGUCAACUUCCAAGCGACUAAUCAGUUUUGAAUAAUGGCGUAAUCCAGACUAGCGGUCGGAUCACGACACCAAUACAAUGCGGGGACGGGGUUGUCGACUAUACUAUACCAAUACAACAAAUAACGACGUAUUGGAACAACAUUGUACAUGUCCUCAGCCAUAAUAUAUGUUUCGCGAUUUUUGUGUUCUCAGUGCAGCUUAUUAUAGGUACACGUGCGGGUUUGUUUUAUUCAUAUAAUACAUCUUGGGUUGUGAAACUCGUCCAAAAAUAUCGUAUAGCCACACUUGGGUAGAAAAUCGAUCAUAACAAUUAUAAUUUUAUAUUAUACAUAAUGGCUUAUUUUUUACGAUUCUGAAUAGUUUAAUAUUUCAAAUCGAAAACUACGAAUCAAUGAGUGAAUAAUAUUAUAAUUUGAAUUCAAUAGACGUUACAUAUAUAUGAAUACAUAGGUACCUAAUUAUUUUUAUCAAUGUUAACGCUCAGAAUAAAAAAUACUUCAAAUUUUCAAUAAAUGAAAAAUUGUCAAGAACCUCUAGAUCCCUGUUUCUUCCUGUUGCGGCAAUAUGUACCCAGACGCGCCAUCGCCUGUGUCUUGAGAAUAUGACCAUGGACCGUCAUCUUAACAUUAAUCAAUAUAUUGUCGGUGUCGUGGUACCAUUAUAAAUCUGUAUGUAACUUUGUAUGUUACUUUUUAAGUGUAUAAUAAAUAUAAUGAUUAUAUUAUUACCAUUAAUUAUUUAAGCAUUUCCUACUUUCCUAUACAGUUAUUGUAAUUUUUUUUUGUAAAACUUAAGUUUCAUUUUUUUUUUCAUAAAAUAUUAUUAUGUGUAUGUAUUGAAAAUUGAAAUCAAUAAAUUUAAUAUAGAUUGUUUAAUAAUUUGAUAAGUAUACAAAUAAAAAUAUAAUAUGACUACUUAAGUGUCAGUCCACACUAUCCAUUUUCAUCGGUCUGUCUGUAACCAGUGAAAAUAUACAUAAUUUUUUAUCUUAUCAAUCACUUUUAUUUUAAUAAUAUCAAUAGUAUCUUCAACAUAGAUAAUAAUGGGCAUAACACGUUUCUAUCAAAAGUGUACCUUUCCCUUUUCCAAUACUAGUUUCCACCAAAUGAGAUAUUGACCAUCUUUUAAUCAAAAAAAUGUCUAUACCAUUAAAAAAUUUAA